AUGUCAGAAAGUAAAUCCUCAACAUCUUCGUCAUCAUCUCCAUUUUCUUCUGUCUCUUCUUCGUCUGUCUCUUCUUCUCAAAUUUUAGAUAAUAAAGAAAUAGAUGAACAAAUGUCAGAAAGUGAAUCAUCUUCUUCAAGUAAUGAGUCUACAGUUAAAAAUACAACUAAGGUUAAACCAUUAUCUGAUUCUUCUUUAAAUAUUAAAUCAAAACCACAUCCCAUGUCAGAAAGUGAAACCUCCUCAUCUGGUUCAAGUAGUAAAUCAUCAAGUGAGUCAUCAUCAUCCACCCAUCCAAGUAUUAAAGAAGUUGAAAAACCUACAAUGGAAAUUGAGUCAAAACUAAGCGAUCAACCAGUUAUAAAAACAACACUUAAUAAGAGUCAAGAAUCUAAUAGUCAAGAAUUGUUAUCACAAUCAGUACCUUCAACAAAUAAGCAGACUGCAACAGAAUUAUCUGAAAACGACUCUUCUUCAGAUAAUAAAGUUACAAAAGAAAUGUCAGAAGAUUUAUCAAUAGAUUUGGAAAAAGAUGAUGAAGUUAGCACAGGUGAUGAUAAAAGUAGUGAAGAAGACAAUAUAACUAGUGAAGAAGAAGAUAAAAGUAGUGAAGAAGAAGAUAAAAGUAGUGAAGAAGAGGAUGGUAGUUAUAGCAUUGAUGAAGAAGAACGAAUUGCAAACCAAAAUAAAAAAUAUUUAACACAACUAUUAAAAGAAUUUGGGGAUGAUGUAAAUGAAUUAAGAAUGAAAGCAACAUCAUUUAAAGCAGUAAAUAUUGAAGAGAUUACUUCUGCAUUAAGUCAAGGUAUUAACAUGUUUUCUGAUUUAGAGUUAGAACUACUUGGAAAGGAAUGUGUUAUUCCUUCAAGCUUGAAUCAAAGUUGA